AUGGACGACAAUGGCAGCCGCGCCAAACGAUUAAAGACACUCGACAGCGGCUCUCGUGCCGCCGGCUCCGAAGCGGCAACAGCCGCUGCCGUGGGGGCUGGUGAGACCGCCGGAGCAGGGAAGGCGGGUGGUGAGGAGCUGCGCGGUAGUGAUUCCGCGGGCAGCGGCGACGGAAGGGCGAUACCGACAGCAUCGACGGACGGCGAUGGCGGUGAAAAGGCUAACGGCGAGAGGCGUCGAAGCGAAAGCGAGCAGGCGGAUGGCAGACGCGGGGCGAGUGAGGGGGCUGCGGGGGAGGCGGCGGGCAGCGGGAGGUCGAGGGAGGCGCGCGGCGACGGCGAGUUGGUGACGCGGGUGGCGGCGGGGCAGGCGGAGGACCGCGGCAGCCGGCACACGUUCGAGGACGUGGUGGUGGCCGUGGCGGACGCGUGGGGCGACGCGGAUGACGCACCGCGUAGCGCGGACUGGCUCAGGUGUUCGUUCUACGCGGUGCUGGACGGGCAUGGUGGGCGGCGAGCAGCGGAGUGGGCAGCCAAGCACGUGAACGCCGCUGUCAUUGCGGCAGGCCUGCCACGUGAGUCGGUGGGUGCUGCUGCCGCUGCCACUGUCACCGCCACUGCCGCAGUCGCCGUGCCUCUUAUUGUCCCAAGCUCUUCUGGACGUUGA